GAAAAAGACAUGUAUGGAGAGACAGCUCUGCAUAGAGCUGCUUUUGCUGGCAAAGUGAAGGAAGCUGAAAACCUCAUCGCUGAAGGAGCCGACCUCAAUAUUGGAAAUAAUUUUAAUGAGACAGCUCUGCAUUAUGCUGCUAAGAAAGGUCACAAGAGUGUCGCCGAACUUCUCAUCCGCAAAGGAGCCAAUCUUGAUAGUGAAACUAGAACGAAAGAGACACCUCUUCAUUGUGCUGCUUCCCAUGGUCACGGAGGUGUCGCUGAUGUGCUUCUCAAGAAUGGAGCUAACGCUAAUAUUGGAAAUAAUUUGAAUACCACAGCUCUUCAUUUAGCUGCUGACUAUGGUCACAAAAAUGUCGCCGAGGUUCUCCUUAACAAAGGCGCCAGUGUGGAUAUCAUGAAUCAUUUUGAUAAUACACCUCUUCAUUUGGCAGCUAAGAAUGGUCACGGAGGUGUCGCUGAUGUGCUUCUCAAGAAUGGAGCUAAUGCUGAUAUUGGAGAUGAUUCGAAUAGCACAGCUCUUCAUUUAGCUGCAUUCAGUGGUAAUGUUGAAUGUUUAUUCUUAUUAAAGAAACGAUUGAUUUGAUCUCUUUCAUUGAUCCGUAUUAUUUUAGG